AUGCUUCACUUUCAGACUACUCCGUCUAGGGCCCUUUUGGUCACAAGAUUCAUUCAGCAUUCAAAAAGACACAAUUCAUUCUUUCCUGCUGAAAAACUCACAAAGAAAGAUUUGAACCCUAGAGUAUUGGGUGCUGAAUAUGCCGUCAGAGGUUUAAUUCCAAACAAAGCUGAAGAAUUGAGGGAAAAAUUGAGACACAAUCCAGAUUCCUUACCUUUUAAAGAAAUCAUCAAUGCUAACAUUGGUAACCCACAACAAUUGAGACAGAGACCUUUGACCUUCUACAGAUCUGUGCUAUCUAUAUUACAAAAUCCAAAGCUACUGGAAACUUAUCAUGAUUAUCCAAAAGAUGUUGUUCAUAGAGCUAGAGUGCUUUUAAGUAAGAUCGGAUCAUUGGGCGCUUAUUCACAUUCUCAAGGGGUUCAAUACAUUCGUGAACAGAUCGCACAUUUCAUUACCAAGAGAGAUGGUGGUGCUAUUUCUUUACCAGAGAACAUCUAUCUAACAGGUGGUGCUUCAGAUGGUGUCAAAGCUGUAUUCGAAGUGAUUCUUGAUGGUGAAAGAACCUCUGGUGUUAUGAUCCCAAUUCCUCAGUAUCCAUUAUACACUGCUGCCAUUACUUUAAACAAUGCCACACCAAUAUCCUACUACUUGAAUGAACAUGACAAUUGGUCAACAAAUCCACAUGAAAUUGAAGAAUUGGUGCAAACUUCCAAUAAGUUCGGUAUAAAACCAAAAAUUCUUGUUGUUAUCAAUCCAGGAAAUCCAACAGGUUCAGUUUUAUCAAAAACUGCGAUUGAAGAUAUCUUAACAAUCGCUGCCAAAAGAGGUCUGGUUAUAAUUGCUGAUGAAGUUUAUCAAGAAAAUAUUUUUGAAGGUAAAUUUCAUUCAUUUAAGAGUGUUUUGUCAGAUUUACAACAUAAGCAUGCUCAUCUGUAUGAUAAUGUUCAAUUAGUAUCAUUGCAUUCAACUUCUAAGGGUGUCACUGGUGAGUGUGGUCAAAGAGGUGGUUAUAUGGAAUUGGUUGGUUUCAAACCUGAAAUUCAUGAAAUGUUCUUAAAGCUAGCUUCAAUUUCAUUAUGUUCAGUUGUUUCUGGUCAAGCUUUAGUGGAAAUGAUGGUUAACCCACCAAAAAAGGGUGACGAGUCUUAUGAAUUGGAUCAAAAAGAAAGAACAGCAAUCCAUGAAACUUACAAAUCAAAAGCUAAUGCUUUAUAUGAGGCUUUCAGUAAAUUGGAAAACAUUGAAGUCCAAAAACCACAAGGUGCAAUGUAUUUAUUCCCAAAGAUUAUACUCAGUGAAAGCAUUAUUGCACAUGCUAAAGAUUUAGGGUUGAAACCUGAUGAAUUUUAUUGCUUGGAGUUAUUGGGAAAUACUGGUAUUUGCGUCGUUCCAGGUUCUGGUUUUGGUCAAGUUGAAGGUACUUUCCAUGUUAGAACUACUUUCUUACCACCUGGCCAAGAAUGGAUUGACAAAUGGGCCAAGUUUCAUAAAGAGUUCUUCCUCAAGUUUCGAGGGGUUUGA